AUGUCGGAAAUCAACAUCUCCAGCGACGCUUUCCAAACUCUGAAGGACAAGAUUGUCCUCAUCACCGGUGGUUCGUCAGGCAUUGGGCUCGCCGCCGCGAAGCUGGCUGUCAAGGCAGGCGCCAAGGUUGUCGUAGGAGACGUCAAUCCUUUGCCACCCGCGGAGCAGAACCCCAGCAUCCACUUCGUCUCCACCGACGUCACGUCCUGGGGCUCCGUCACCGCCCUCUUCGAAGCUACGCAGAAGCUGCACGGGAGAGUGGACCACGUCUUCGCCAACGCUGGCAUUGCACCCAGAACCACGUUCCUCGAGGACACACUGAACGAGGCCGGGCAGCUCCGGGAGCCGGACUGGCGGACAGUCGACGUCAACCUGAAAGGCGUGCUCAACACCGUAACGCAGGGACUCCACCACCUCAAGAAGAACGGCGCUGCCGGCGGCAGCGUCGUCAUCACCGCUUCCGUCACCAGCUACACUCCCUUCGAAGGCACGGACUACGGCGUCGCCAAACACGCCGUCUGGGCCCUCAUGCGCAAUCUCGCCCUGCACCUCACCGCCGCCGCGCUGCCCAUCCGCAUCAACGCCAUCGCGCCGAGCUGGACCGCGUCAGGCAUGGUUGACGGCAAAGAGGUGGCGGCCCUGGGCGGCGAGGUGCAGACGUCCGAGGCCGCAGCGCGCUCCGCGUUGUUCCUGAUGGCUGCCGACGACGCGGCUCCGCACGGAAUGCUCGUGCAGUCGCACGCGGGGCGCUACAAGGAUGUUGAGCAGGCGUUCGUGGCGGCGGCGGGGGAAGUGUAUCCGGAGGGGCUGAGGGGCAAGGGGGAGGAGGAUGGUGAGGGGGCGACGCUGGCGAGGUUGAAGGAGAGGGUGGAGGCGAAGCAGUAG